AUGGUGGAUGCAGCUGCCAUUAAUUCAGUUACAGGACCUCUUUCAGGAACUGCGGGAGCUCAUAUAGGAGUCGAUGCUCAUCAUCCUCUUCAUUUAUCUAUGAAGAUUGGACUACUAGGAAAAGGGAAGUUAGGUUUCAUUACUGGUCAGUAUUCAAAGGAUAAGUUUGUUGUCUCAUUGCAUGAUCUUUGGGGAAAAUGUAAUGUCAUAGUCCUGUCAUGGAUUAUGAUCUCUAUAAGCAGGGAACUGUUAAGUGGAAUAGUCUAUGCUAGUAGUGCUCAGCAAGUAUGGACUGACUUGAAAGAGAGAUUUGACAAAGUAGAUGGCUCUAGGAUCUUUUAUUUACACAAGGAGAUUGCUACACUUAGUCAAGGAAUGUUGUAUGUGUCUAGUUAUUUCUCCAAACUCAAGGAAUUGUGGAUGGAAUUUGACUCUCUUAUGCCAUGUCCUGGUUGCGCCUGUGAAGUUUCUAAGACUUAUGCAACUCAUUUUGAGUACCAGAGAUUGAUGCAGUUUCUCUUAGUGCUAAAUGAGUCUUAUAAUCAGUGUAGAAAUCAGAUUAUGAUGCAGGAUCCAGCACCUUGUGUGAACAAGGCUUACUCUCUGGUUAUGGCCGAGGAAAGCCAGAGGAUACUUGGUAAAUCCAAUGUUGUAAGUGCUGAUAAUCACGGUUUGGUGAAUGAUGCCAUGACAUUCUUCAGCAAUAAUAAGAGUCAUGUACCUAGAUCAAGCUCUAGUUCAUACUCGGGACCUAAUCCUCCUUUAGGAUCUGGUUCUAGAUCUCAUCAAAGAUCUACCAGAGAUCUCUAUUUUGACUACUGCAAUUGGAAAGGUCACAUCAGAGCUACUUGUUAUAAACUUCAUGGUUAUCCUCUUGACUGGAAGGGUAAAAAGAGAACACCACCUGGAUCUAUUCCUGCUGUGGGUGCUAAUGCUGGUAUUAUUUAG